AUGGCAGUUACAGAGAUUGCAGUGGAAAACAAAUUUAUUGAAAAAAUAGAAGAUAGAAUGAAACAGGAAGCUGUACCAUUUCCAGAUGAUAAUUUGUCGUCAUUGGACGAUCUUGAAUAUGCAAAAGUGAAAGUAACGGGUGAAUUUCUUCAUGACCAUGAAUUUUAUGUGCAACCAAGGCAACGAUUUGAUAAAGAGGAAAAGAAAUCGAAAAUUCGACCUGCAGUAAAUAAUUUUGGUAGCCCUGGUGCAUUAUCACUCCGUUUAAACUUCAUCCAUCGGGGUAAAUUUUCAAGGAUAAAAUAA